AUGUCCCUCACGGUAACCAACACAGCCGAGCUCCGCGAGCUCAUCAAACAAGAUGUCGAAGAAAGCCGAGAGCUCCAAACCCAGAUCGACAGACUACGAUCUGACCUCGAGCAAGGCAGUGCUCCACCGGAAGGCAAUGUUCUAGGCCACAUCGAGAGUCAAAGCAAGAAGAUGAGCAAAGAGCUCGCUCGCCGCAUUGAGCAGAUUGAGGAGAUUCCAAAGAAGAGCGCAAGUGAUCGAGAGUUCUUACAGGCCCUCAAUGCUCGGCAAGUAGCUUGGGAUAGGCAGAUUAUGCAGAUUAGUGAGAUUGCUGAUUUGAUGUAUGAGGCUCGCAAGGGCGCUGUCAAAGAAGGUGGUGAUCGGGAGGAGUUCCUAGAGCACGAGCAGAAGUCGUCGAAGCAUGGGAAGCAGACAUUUGAUGGAGAGGCUACUACGGCAGCUGUAACUGUUAUGCCUGUACCAGGGGCUGAUCAGCCAUUACCUUCAGUCCCCACAGUCGCAGCCAAAGCCAACCCAGGAAGCUCCAGCUCUGAAGAGGCAGCCUCAAACAUCAGCGAGCGCGGCUCAGGCUCCGUUGUCGACGAUCCGGAAGAAUCACCAGACUACGAGGAUGAGUUUGAUGAGGGCGAAGAGUAUGGCGAGGACAAUGAGUUUGACGAAGGUGACGACUACUACGAGGACGAAGAAGAGGAGAUCGAGCCAGACAGAUCCCAUUGGCCUCUAUGCUACCGUAUCCUCGAUAUUACUCCCGAGACUCCAGCCGCCGACAUGGAGGUUGCAGCCUGCCAGAGACUUGCACCAAACCACGACCCAGCACGCCUGCCGAAUGAUCCGGACGCACCAGGUCGUUGGGCGGCGAUUGUGAAGGCACGCGAGACGCUGGAGGAUCCCGAGCGCAAGGCUUUCUACGACAUGCAUGGCCGGACUCCAUCGGGCUUAAAGGAGUUUGACUUGUCGAGUCUGAGUAUCGAGGACCACUGA